AUGGCAGCCUCUCUGAGCAUGGACCAUGAGGAAGCUGCACACCUUCGAGACCGACAGCGGCAAGCAGCUGCCGACUUCGAGAAGUAUGGCUUUGCCGAUGUCAUCGUCUCGCGCCACAGGGAUGUCUGCAACGAUGGGUUCGGCGAGGACCUGCGCGGAGCAGUUCACGGAAUCUUCUUGGAUCUUCCCGCUCCCUGGGCCGCCGUGGGGCAUGUCCUCGAUGCCCUCGUGCCGGGUGGCCGCCUAGUGACCUUCUCACCCUGCGUGGAACAGGUGGACAAGACGGCCACCGAGCUCCGAAGGGGUGGCCGCUUCUUCGACGUCCGGAUGCUGGAGACCCUGGCAGUGAACUGGGGCGUGCGCGCCGUGGAGGCUAAGUCGAAGAAGCGGCGCCUCCAGACGCAGGAGGCCGACGAGUCUUCGAGGCCGCCAGAGACCAGUGCGGCUGUGAGAAACAGUCCGGAUCCUGGCAGCCAGUGGCUGAGCUACCAGAUGGCAAUGCGGUCCCACACGGGCUACCUCCUGGUGGCCACGCGGGCGCCCGCCGAUGAAGCCGAGGGCUAG